AGAGAGCGAAGAAGAUCGCGUAACAGGAAGCGCUUGUGUGUUUGGGGACGUCAACACUUUUCUUCAGCAGCUCUGAACAUUUCCACAUCAUUCACCGCAUUAGUGAGCUGUUUCAUGGGGCAGAGGCGGGGAAAUUAUCUUUAAGCUCUGUAUCCAGUACAGAUCGAGCGGAUCGUGUGAGUUUGAGGACAGAUCGGGGUUCAUGUUUGAUGAUGAUAAUGGCAGCAGCAGGCACUGAGAGUCCUAACAAAAGCACUGAAGAUAAAACAUCCGCCCGAAGACAGAAUGAAGUCAAUAGGAAGUUGAAGUACAUCAGUUUGGCGAUUCUGGUGAUCCAGAAUGCGUCGCUCAUCCUCAGCAUCCGUUACGUGCGGACGUUGCCGGGAGAUCAUUUCUACACCACAUCAGCCGUGGUGAUGGCAGAAGUUCUUAAAGUCUUCACCUGUCUGGUCAUCGUCCUGAUACAGGAGAGAGGUAAUGUGAAGUCUUUUGUAUCGUUGUUGUAUGACUCUAUAGUCAUACAGUAUUUGGACACGCUGAAGUUAGCAGUUCCGUCACUCAUCUACACUUUACAGAACAACCUGCAGUAUGUGGCCAUUUCUAAUUUACCAGCAGCCACUUUCCAGGUCACAUAUCAGCUGAAGAUCUUGACCACAGCAUUGUUUUCAGUGCUCAUGCUGCGCAAGAGUCUGUCUAAAAUCCAGUGGAUCUCUCUAGUGCUGCUGUUUGCCGGUGUGGCGAUCGUCCAGGUGGAGCAGGAGGGCGGAAAACAGAAGGAGGCUCUGACCAGCACCAACCAGAGCUACUUCAAGGGCCUGGUGUCAGUAAUAAUCUCUUGCCUAUCCUCCGGGUUUGCCGGUGUUUACUUUGAGAAGAUCUUGAAGGGCAGCUCAGCCUCGGUGUGGAUGAGAAACAUCCAGCUCGGGAUCUUCGGGACAGUUUUGGGUCUCCUCGGCAUGUGGUGGAACGAUGGUGCCGCCAUCGCCGAGAAAGGCUUCCUGUUUGGCUACACACCAAUGGUGUGGGGCGUCAUCUUCAACCAGGCCUUCGGAGGCCUCCUUGUAGCUGUUGUCGUAAAAUACGCAGACAACAUUCUCAAAGGCUUCGCCACCUCUUUUUCUAUCAUUGUGUCCACGAUCACUUCCGUCUACCUCUUCGGCUUCCACGUGGACCUGAUCUUCACGCUGGGCGCAGGAUUGGUCAUAGGAGCCGUCUAUAUGUACAGUCUCCCCAAACCAAACGCCAGCACUUCCAGCACCAGCACAUCUUCAUCUAGUCACAGCAAAGGAGGAGACUCGGAGCUGGAAGCUUUCCUCCCAAAUCCCAAGGCUCCAGGAAUGAAGAAAGGAAAUUGAAGAAACAUGAUAAAUGAUAAAAGCUGAUGAGAACACACUGUGCCUCCAGGUCCUACACUCCUGCCCUAUUCCAAAGGAAAAGAUGAGGGUUAUAUUUUACGUGCCUUGUUAUGCUCACAAUAUUAAACUCUGUUAUGAAUGAUGGUACUUCUAAACUAAACUGUGCUGACUUACUUUAUGGAACCUCAUAUUUAUGUGGAUACCUCACUAUUGUUAUACAUUUGAUUUUGUAAUUGACUGACAGUAUAAUACUAAUGUAAACAUUUUGUGUUUUGUAUGCUGGAACUGGAAAAAUGAAUGAAAAUCCUCAUCGUACUUGGAAUUCAAAAGGUGCUGCCUUAUUAUGAAAUAACUGUAUAGUAGCCUAUGGUAUUGCAUUUUUUUUUAACUAAAUAAUUUGUGUAUUCAUUAAUGCUUUAAUAGUGCCUUGUACUUUUUGUAGUGCCUUAUGCAUUUCAGCUGUUUUUGGUGUGACAGAGUAUCACAUACACUUUGGCAGAGCAAGCAAACUUUAUUUUCUCCAAAGUGCGCUUUCAUAUUUAAACUCUAUUUUUUGUUAUAUUUGUCAAUAAAAAGAGUCCACCUCUUCAGAUUACAACAAAUGCAUUUCUGACCUAAACGCGUUAGUCAGUGUGCUCUUUUUUUUGGAUGAGUUUGGUUUUAAUAUAUCUAUGUUAUUAAUUGCUGAGCAGCAGUGGAAUGUUAAAAGCAGUGAGCUUUUGAACAUAUACUUGCUUUAUCAUGUCACCAUUCAAGGGAGCAGAUCUAAAACUAAACUAAAUGUUUAAUCAUUUCAGGUCACGAAUAAUAAGUAUGGUUGUAUUUAUGUAUGGAAUAAACAUUGUUUUGAAUGUGA